CCGCCCCCCCCGUGACGUCAGGGCUGGCCGGCGGUGCCGCGCCGGGAGGAGUCGCCGCUGCUCGGCGCGGGGCCGCGGCCGCCGCAGCGCCGUCGGCCCGGCCCGUGGCCGCGGGCGGCCCCCGGGGCACCAUGCCGCUGGGGCGCGACGGGCCCAGCUGGAAGAAGAGGACCGAGGACAUUCGGCGCAUCUACGACUUCCGAGAGGUCCUGGGCACUGGGGCCUUCUCCGAGGUGGUCCUGGCGGAGGAGAAGACGACCCGCAAGCUGGUGGCCAUCAAGUGCAUCGCUAAGAAGGCGCUGGAGGGCAAGGAGACGAGCAUCGAGAACGAGAUCGCCGUCCUGCACAAGAUCAAGCACCCCAACAUCGUGGCCUUGGAUGACAUCUACGAGAGCGGCAGCCACCUCUACCUCAUCAUGCAGCUGGUCUCGGGCGGCGAGCUCUUUGACCGCAUCGUGGAGAAGGGCUUCUACACCGAGCGGGACGCCAGCGCCCUGAUCCGGCAGAUCCUCGACGCCGUCAAGUACCUGCACGACAUGGGCAUCGUGCACCGCGACCUGAAGCCCGAGAACCUGCUCUAUUACAGCCUGGACGAGGACUCCAAGAUCAUGAUCAGCGACUUCGGGCUGUCUAAGAUUGAGGGCUGCGGCAGCGUCAUGUCCACGGCCUGCGGGACCCCCGGCUACGUCGCCCCCGAGGUGCUGGCACAGAAGCCCUACAGCAAGGCGGUGGAUUGCUGGUCCAUCGGGGUCAUCGCCUACAUCCUGCUCUGCGGUUACCCCCCUUUCUACGACGAGAACGACGCCAAGCUCUUCGAGCAGAUCCUGCGGGCCGAGUACGAGUUCGACUCGCCCUACUGGGACGACAUCUCCGACUCAGCCAAAGACUUUAUCAAGCACCUGAUGGAGAAGGACCCCAGCAAGCGCUUCACGUGUGAGCAGGCCCUGCAGCACCCCUGGAUCGCCGGGGACACGGCGCUGGACAAGAAUAUCCACCAGUCGGUGAGCGAGCAGAUCAAGAAGAACUUCGCUAAGAGCAAGUGGAAGCAAGCCUUCAACGCCACGGCCGUGGUGCGACACAUGCGGAAGCUGCAGCUGGGAACCAGCCAAGAAGGGCCGGGGCAGAUGCUUCCCACCACCCCCUGCCACAGCGACCAGCUGGGGAUCGGCACCAGCAACGGUUCAGACUGCGAGCGCUCGCCGGCAAACAGGGCUCACCGCCUCCCUCCGGACUGAGCGCGUCCCCACCGCCCGUGCCGCUGCGUCCUCGCGUGCCCCGGCGCUGCCCGAGCACCGGCCCCAGGGAGCGGGGCCGGGAGGGGGCCGCGCUGGGGGCCGUGCCCUCCCGUGGGGCCGAGGGCAGGACAUGGAGAGGCAGCCACGGUGCGGCCCCCCCCGCCAGCGGGGGCUGCAGUGCGGGAGGAAGAGGAGGCCCUUCCUCUGCACCCCCCCAGCGCUGUCCCUGUCUAUCCCCUUGGCCCCGUUGGGGCCGGGAACCGCAGGGGCCGGGCUCAGCCCCAGCAGGGCUCUGUGCCAGGGCAGCCGCCCCCAGGGCGGGGAGCCUCUCCCAUCCUGCCCUGCCAACGCAGGGCUCCCGCCCGGCCCCCUCCCUCCGUCCCUCCCCAUCACCUCUGCCCCAGCACCGUGCCCACCCCCCCCCCCCCGGCAUGUUCAAGAAGAAUUUUCCAAAUGGAUGUUUCUAUUUUAUUGCUUGUAAUAAAGGAAAGAGGCAAAUGCCA